AUGAGCAAAGUGUUUACACUACUUAUUCUCCGAGUACUCAUAAGUCUCUUACUUAUCGUUUGGAUUUCUCUUUGGAUCAUCAAACCGACCACUCUAUGGAUACAAUCUUGGCGUCAGGCUGAAGAUACCAUCAAACACACUUUCUUCGGCUAUUACGGUCUCAACUUUGCCGUAUUCUCAUUCCCCCCUAUCGCUCUCUCUACGAUCGGACUCAUUUACUUGAGUUUACUUCCGCAAUAUCAACGUCCAGCAAGUAGAGGAGGCAAGAGAGAAAAUGUUACAGUCUCAAGACCAGCCAUCAUCAAUAGCUUUAUUGGAAUUGUGUCCUGUUUCGAGAUCAUUGCUGUUCUUUUGUUCCUUCUCUUUCUUGCUUGGACCUUCUAUGCUCGUGUCUCUAACGAUCUCAAGAAGCUUAUGCCUGUCAAAACCAUGAAUCUUGAAUUAUGGCAGCUUAAGUACUUUAGAGUUGCUACAAGAUUUGGGCUAUUAGCAGAAGCAUGUCUCUCUUUGCUUCUUUUCCCUGUCUUGAGAGGACUCUCCAUGUUCCGCUUACUCAACAUUCAGUUUGCAGCAUCUGUAAAAUAUCAUGUGUGGCUGGGGACCGCUUUGAUCUUCUUUUCUUUUGUUCAUGGUGGAAGCACUUUGUUCAUAUGGACUAUUACUCAUCACAUUGAAGAAGAGAGAACGGGUCGGGUUUAUAUAGCUGGAGUGAUCAGUCUUGGAACAGGAUUACUAAUGUGGAUCACAUCACUUCCUCAAAUCCGAAGGAAGAAAUUUGAAGUUUUCUAUUACACACACCAUUUGUAUAUACUCUUUCUUGUAUCUUUCUUGUUUCAUGCCGGUGAUCGUCACUUCUACUGGAUCCUCCCUGGAGUCUUUCUCUUUGGACUCGACAAGACACUUCGGAUUGUUCAAUCACGAUCCGAAAGCCGCCUUCUCUCGGCCCGUCUCCUCUCUUGUAAAGCCAUUGAGCUUGUCUUGCCAAAGGACCCAUGGCUUCACUACACUCCAUCGAGUUUUGUAUUUGUGAACAUUCCAAUGAUCUCACAAUUUCAAUGGCAUCCGUUUAGUAUUACAUCGAGCUCGAGUGUAGACAAACACACAUUAUCUAUUAUGAUGAAAUGUGAAGGAAAAUGGACGAAUUCUGUUUACAACAAAGUAGAAGAAGCUGCGAAGAAGAUUGAAAACAUGACCAUAAGAGUUGAAGGUCCUUAUGGACCUACCUCGGAUGAUUUCAUAAGGUAUGAUACUUUGUUUCUUGUGGCGGGAGGAAUCGGGAUCACGCCGUUUCUAAGCAUUUUACAGGAGCUUGCGGCGUGCAAAAACCGACCCAAAUCUCUCAAGAGAGUGCAGCUAGUGUUUGCGGUUAGGACGUUCCAAGAGAUGAACAUGUUGAUUCCAAUAUAUUCUGUACUCUUUAACCCAAUCCACAACUUAAGCCUCAAGGUAAAAGUUUUUGUCACUCAAGAGAAGAAGCAUUCCAAUGGACCAACAACAUUGCAAGAGUUCUUGGCUCAGUCACAAGUUCAGUCUGUUCACCUUGGAACCGACGAGGACUAUUCAAGAUUCUCAAUUCUUGGACCUGAAAGUUUCAGACGGCUUGCCACAUUAGUCCUUGUAACCCUGGUUGCGUUUCUAAGCUUGCUUAUCGGGCUAAGCCAUAUCUUUAUACCUUCUGAACACAAGAAGCAUUCACAGUCUAUGAAGUUAGCUGCUCCAGGAGCAAUCAAGACAGCUAAAGAAAAAGUUCCUUCUUGGGUUCCGGAUUUGGUUAUCAUUGUUUCUUACGCUGUAGCUAUAACAAUUGGUGGUUUAGCUGCAACUAUUUUACAAUGGAGACGACAAAAACAACACAGAGAGGCACCAAAAGAAGAAGUAAAUCCAAUGGAAAGAAAUUUUACCGAGGUGAUACCAGUUGAGGAACAUCAGAUACAUUUCGGAGAAAGGCCGAAAUUUGAAGAGAUAUUGUCGGAGUUUGAGAAGAACUUAAGAGGAUGGUCGACUAUAGGAGUGUUGGUAUGUGGACCGGAGUCAAUGAAAGAAGCUGUGGCAUCGAUGUGUCGCCAUAAGUCUCAGUGUUUUGGAGUAGAGGAAUCAGGAAGAAGCAACAUGAAGAUGAAUCUCAAGUUCCAUUCUCUUAAUUUCAACCUCUAG